UCUUUCUCUCUCUAUCUCUCGCUCUACUACACUCUGAAACGAAAGCUCUAAGAUCUGAUUUCUCAUUCGCUAAUCAUACAUAAUAAUCUGUUAAUCAUAUACUGUUUCAAUUGUUUUUUUUUUGGUUGAUCUAUUGUUCUAUUUUUGCAGGAUUUGUAUUUGUAUUUGUUUCUCUGUUUUUGUUUUUUUUUUGAUAGAAUGGAUUCAGGAGGAUCUUUCGGUAUGUUGAACAAGUCUCAGUCUAGAAAUCCAUUGCAAGACCAUGCUGUUCUUCACAGAAGAAACUCCAAUGAAAAUUUGGAUAGAUUUAUCCCUAACAGAUCUGCAAUGGAUUUCGACUAUGCACUCUACAUGCUAAUGGAAGCAAAGAAAGGUAAGGAAAAUCCAGUUUCAAGUUCUCCAGCGAAAGAGGCUUACAGGAAGCAGCUUGCAGAGGCUUUGAACAUCAACAGAACCAGAAUUCUGGCGUUCAAGAACAAGCCACCUACACCUGCAGAGUCGCUGUUCCCUGAAACUUCAUCAGUUCAACAAGCAAAACCAGCAAAGCCCCGAAGAUCCAUUCCCCAAACUUCAGAGAGGACAUUGGAUGCCCCAGAGAUCAUUGAUGAUUACUACUUGAAUUUACUUGACUGGGGAAGCAGCAAUGUCCUUGCAAUAGCUCUUGGAAACACCGUGUACUUGUGGGACGCCACCGAUUCAUCCACCUCUGAGCUCAUGACCGUCGAUGAAGAUACAGGCCCUAUUACUAGUGUCAGCUGGGCUCCUGAUGGUCGUCAUAUUGCUGUUGGAUUGAACAGUUCUGAAGUUCAACUCUGGGAUUCUACAUCGAACAAACAACUGAGAACUCUACGAGGUGGUCAUGAAUCUCGAGUUGGUGCUAUGGAUUGGAACAACCAUGUCCUGUCAACAGGAGGAAUGGACGGUUUGAUUGUUAACAAUGAUGUCAGAAUCAGAAACCACAUUGUAGAAACAUACAGAGGACAUCAUCAAGAAGUGUGUGGAUUGAAAUGGUCUGCAUCAGGACAACAAUUAGCAAGUGGUGGGAAUGACAACCUUCUUCAUAUUUGGGAUAGAUCAGUUGCUUCUUCAAACUCUCCUACUCAAUGGCUUCACAGACUAGAAGACCACACUGCUGCCAUAAAAGCCCUUGCUUGGUGUCCAUUCCAGGCUAAUUUACUUGCUUCUGGUGGUGGUGGAGGCGAUAGAUGUAUUAAAUUCUGGAACACCCACACUGGAGCUUGCUUGAAUUCUGUGGAUACUGGAUCCCAAGUUUGUUCUUUGCUGUGGAACAAAAAUGAGAGAGAACUUUUGAGCUCUCAUGGAUUUACUCAAAACCAAUUGACCCUUUGGAAAUAUCCAUCAAUGGUUAAGAUUGCUGAGCUUACUGGUCACUCUUCAAGAGUUCUAUACAUGGCUCAGAGUCCGGAUGGCUGUACUGUAGCAUCUGCAGCAGGGGAUGAAACUCUAAGAUUUUGGAAUGUUUUUGGGACACCUGAAUUGGCUAAACCUGCACCCAAAGCUAACCCAGAGCCAUUUUCUCAUUUCAAUCGCAUCCGUUGAGUUAUGUGAUGAACUACACUUCAAGAGUUCUAUGCAUAGCUCAGCAUGGGAGAUCUGAAUUGGCCAAACCUGCAUCUGGAGACGUUUGCUCAUUCUGAUCACAUCUGUUGAGUAUAUAUGGGGAGGUUUACAAUGAAUUGAACACAUUCUUCUGUUAUAUAUGAGUUCUGAAGCUGUUGCUGGGUUUCAUUAGGCACAGUUGGAAUUACAAGCAGAUCUUAUUGCACUUCUGAAGAUGUGUGAGAAAUUAGAACAAGGCGAAGAUUAUUGCAAAGAUUGUUCUCGCAUUUUGCUUUUGGUUGUGAGUGUGACAAAAUAACUGAAGUGAAGCUGUUGCUGGGUUCAUUAGGCACAGUUGGAAUUACAAGCAGAUCUUAUUGCACUUUUGAAGAUGUAUCGAUACUUGCAGUAAGAAUAUACACUGCAUAUAUUAUCUUUUUGUACACUUUCUAGAGACAGAUAUACUGUAAUGCUGCUAUAUAAACCCUUGUAAACCUCCCUUGAUGAUAAUAAGAAAAAGUAAUCAUCUUCUCCCGUGGAUGUAGGCUAGCCAUAGCCGAACCACGUAA